CGGGCGUGGGUGCAUCAUACAGAGGUCAGUGGCCCAGUAUGCCACCCGGAACUCGGAACACCCGUGCAGUACACAGCGAUCUUUAUAAGCGCGGCGUUCAUGUCGCUUGUCUCAGUGUAAACCUCCGCUAAACCAGAUCAUGAAGCAGGUAUCAUGAAGCGACCCCUAUCAUAGGAGACUGGAUUUUCACAAGACUUUCAGCACUGACUAUCUUAGUGGGACAUCAGUCAAGCUUCAAGCUUCUUGAUCUCAGAUUAAUUUUGGAUCUGAUUCAGCCAAGAUGGACUCUUCAGCCAAUGAAAACGAAGAAAUUGUAAUUUACUCUCCUCUUAAGGGUCAGCAUCUAAUUCAUGGCCACGGUGACCAAGGUCAGUUCCCUAAUCAAGGCUACAACGACCAAGGCCAGUUCCUGAACCGUGGCUUCGGUGACCAAGGCAUGUCCCAGAUCCGAAGCCAUGACGACAGAGAGGAAAGGGCCUUCCAUAAUUAUCUAACACUUCGUACAGAAGACACGACCACAACGUAUCAUUCUUCCAUCGCAGAUAUCCAUGAAAACGAAAUGCCCAAUGGAAAUGAAUUACAGAGACCUCCCGCUCUGGACCAUGAUCACGUGAUAGUACCGGCUGUGUUGUCCUGGGAGAGCAUCACGGUGCGAGUCAAGGGGAAGAAGGGCCAGAAGUCAAGCAAGGGAACUGUAGAAGACGCCUCAGUUCCGGUUCCUGAUCCUGGGAAAACUCAGUCGAAGGGCGGCAAAAUCAUUAUUGACAAUGUGUCGGGCAUAGUAAAGCCAGGGACGCUGAUGGCCAUCAUGGGAGCCAGUGGUGCAGGAAAGUCCACACUGCUCAACGUCUUGACCUGCCGCAACUUGAAAAGUUAUGUGCUGCAAGGGGAAGUAAAGGUCAACGGGGUCAGCCUGGGCAGCAGCAUCCGCAACAUUUCUGGCUACGUCCAGCAGGACGACCUGUUCCUCGGAACUCUGACUGUCCGUGAGACCCUGAGAUUCAGGGCAAUGCUGAGAAUGGACAAAAACAUAAAACCCAAAGACCGACUUGCCAAGGUUGAAGAGGUUAUCAAAGAGAUGGGACUGUCAAAGUGUGCCCAGACCCAGGUGGGGUCAACUGGACAAAAAAGAGGUAUUUCUGGAGGAGAGCUGAAGCGACUGUCUUUUGCCUGCGAGAUGCUGACCAACCCUCCCAUCAUGUUUUGUGACGAGCCUACGUCAGGCUUGGACACGUUCAUGGCGCAGAACAUCGUCCAGACUCUUCAAAACAUGGCCAGCAGGCAGCGCACCAUCCUGUGUACCAUCCACCAGCCCUCGUCCGAGAUAUACGCCUUGUUUGAUCAACUUCUGCUGAUGGCGGAGGGUAGGGUGGCCUUCAUGGGUUCCACAAAACAAGCUUUGGAAUUUUUUAGCAGCUUGAACUUCGUGUGCCCACCAAACUUCAAUCCUUCCGAUUUCUUCGUGCUGACACUGGCCAUUGUUCCAGGAAAGGAAGAUGAAUGCAAACGCAAAGUCAAGGCCAUAUGCGACACCUUUGUACAAACGGAGCAGGGUGGGCAGAUCAUGAAAGAUGUUAAACAAGUCAGCUCCCUCAGGAGGCAGGACUCUUUAAUCGAAGAUGCUAAGAAAAGCGAGUCAAGAUACAAAACCAGCUGGGGCCGCCAGUUUCUCAGUGUUUUUUGGAGGAGUUGGGUCUCUCUCACCCGCGAUGUUGUGCUGCUCCGCGUACGUGCGAUCCAGAACCUGGUCGUGGCUGUGGCCCUGGGACUUAUCUACCUACGACUUACUUACGACCAGAAAGGAGUCAUGAACAUUAAUGGCGCUAUGUAUGUUCUCAUCCUAAACCUCUCGUUCAACAGCAUGUUCUCUGUUGUCAACUCCUUUCCGAGUGAAGUGCCUAUCUUCCUUCGAGAAUAUGGAUCCGGACUGUACAGGGUCGAUGUCUACUUCCUGUCUAAAAUUCUGGCAGAGCUACCAACCUUUAUCGUGUUUCCACUGAUGUACAUCACCGUUGACUACUGGAUGAUGGGACUUUAUGGAACAGGAGAGGCAUACAUCAUCAAUGCAGCUGCCAUCGUCCUCGUCGCCAAUGUUGCUGUCUCUUUUGGCUACGUCAUCUCAACGGUUUCCCCUAACGUCAACGUGGGCUUGGCCCUCGCGCCACCCAUGAUGAUACCAUUGCUUCUGUUCGGUGGCUUCUUCCUCAAUGAUGAGUCUAUACCCGUCUACUUCAUCUGGCUGAAGUACCUAUCUUGGUUUAAGUAUGCAAAUGAGCUGGUUGUUGUGAACCAAUGGAAAAACGUUGAUUCCCUAAGCUGUGACAGUGGCAACAGUACCAUCAUGGCCAAUAAAUGUCUGUAUAGAAACGGAACAGACGUUCUAACCUAUCUGAGUUACUCAAAGAACGAUAUGUCACUGAACGUGGGUCUACUUUUCGCCCUCCUCGUAGGAUACCGUCUGCUGGCCUUCGUGAUCCUCCUCAUCCGCGCCCGUCUGUCAAGGUCGUGAGCCAGUUUGUCAAAGUCGUGAGCCAGUUUGUCAAGGUCGUGAGCCACUCAAACUCACGAGUCAGCUCGCGCAGCGCGAGAACGCACAGACUUCCACAAGCGACGUCACACAAGUCGAACGUUUCUCCACAGACUGUGUGGCAAAGACAGUGGUAUGAACAAAUACUCCACAGCUGUGGUAUGGACUGUCAUAUGAACCUCAGAUUUUUGUGUCAUACCUUCGAAUAGUUAUAUGUCACGGAUGUAAAGUUCCAGACACAAACACAAGUUCAAGGAAUCUGUAACCUGUAAGGAAUGUAACGGUUGAUCAGCAAACUGUGACAAGGAAUACAUUUUAUUUGAAAUACAGAUUUGUUACCGUUUCAUCCCCCCUCUCUCUCUACACAAGACCUGAUCAUCACUUGACUUUGACAAUGACAAUGACAAUGACAAACUUUAUUUGUCCCAGUAGGCAAUUUGAACAUGGGGCGGUGCUCUGGUCACGAAGGUAAAGGUUAGAAAUAAAAUAAGAAAUAGUGCGUUGCAAGGUUCAGCGUUAAAGGAUGUCAACAUGAAAAAUAGUAGCAAAUGAAAAAAGAAGGCAAGUAAUAAUUAUAGAUAUAAUAUUUUAAAAAACAAACAAACUUACAUCAACAAUAAUAAUGUUCACACCAACAUCACACACACCACUGACAUUCAUAUGAGGUUGAGCAACUGGACAGAGACCGUUUAGAGUACAGUUCUUUUACGGUUAGAGUAUCGAGGCAGUAAUGACAUCCUAGUAACAAUAUUAUUAUAUUCCAUAUGUUCGUGUGGGAGUGGGGCCCGUGGGGGUGGUAAGCGUAUUAAGCAGAAUAUGUAGUCAUCGUGUCUGUAUUAGAAAAAGAAUGUCUGGUUCUUGGAAGACUUUAUAUGAUCAAAUGUGAUCUGGUGGACUUAUUGGCAUGCCAUUUCUUUCUUUUUUUUUUUUUUUUUUUUUUUUCUUUUUUUAAGCACUGCUCUCCAUAUUUUUGUGAUCAUAUAACAGAAAGGCGAUUUUUUUUCAUCAGUUUAAACAUUUUAGGAAAUGUGUCGUGUACAUUACUGUGUUUUUUGCCAUGCCAGCAGCAAAUGCUAUCUCCCUGCUAGAGACAGAAAUCAUACAUUAAAAUGUUUAGGAACAAAAAAAGGGUUAUAUAAUAACAACAAACAUCCUAAACAGUAAAAGUCAACAUAAGAAGCAAGAAUAACAGAAAAUGGUAGAUAACAGGUAAAAGAGGGGUGUUGUGAAUUAAAAUGCCGCAAAAACCAGAAUCUAACAAAAGAUAAUACCUUCAAACUGAUGGUAAAGCCCUAUCCUCUUUAAAAAGGAAAAAAAAUAACCUUCGAUGGGAUAAUUUGAUUUUAGCUUUGACGACAGACGUCGACAAUGGUGUCGAUACACUACUGUACGUAUGAUGUGCUUCGAUCAGCGAAGUCUCUGCAUUUAAUAACAAUAAGAAAAAAAAGCCUAAGUAUAAGUUCACAAUAAAAUGAUGAUAAACUCUUUAAUUUAAAAGACUGUUUAAAGAGAAAAUUCACUUUAUUUGUAAGAUUCGUUCUCUGCAGCACGUUGCCAAGCGGCCUUCUUUUGUUUAGUAAAAUGGUGACUAACCUUAUUCGCAUAGUUCUAUUUAAAAAAAGGCAGCUGAGUUUGCUUAUCUUUUUUGUUCGAAUAACUUUAUAUGUCUCUUUGGGUAAUAUUUGAUGCUAAUAUGUACUGGUUUCACAUGUGAUGGAUUCGUCUUUUGGGUUUGGAACGAUUUGACUUUUUUUGUGUUGGGACGAAAUGGACCUAGCUGGGACGACUUGACUUGCUGUGGGGCGAAACGGUAAGGGCGACAUGACCUAGAAUCGGCCCUUCUCACUGAUACGGAACGGGUUAUAAGUGUGCGCCAGGCUUUGAACGACGAUGCUCUAACGAAUAGUUUCUCAUGAGAAAAACAGGUAAAUGCCAAACAAUCUGUAUCCCGAAAAUUUUAAAUGGUAACUAUGACCUACAGGUCACGUACGUACUCGUGUUCUCGAUCACCCGCUCGAUCGCUUUUCUGUUCGUUGUGUAACAAGGGCAUGGGGUCGAGGAUAAAUCAACAUCUCAGCCAGCAGUAACAAUAUCAUCACAGCAGAAAAUACUCCUUGUUAAGUUAUCAUCGUUGAAAAUGGUCGGAAAUACAUUAUAACGGAUUUGCGUUCAAUUGACAUAUUUCGGUGAUGAUCGAGUAUAUAUAGUGCAGGCGACCUCUUGCCUGGUACAUAAGUGGUAUAAAUAGUGCUUGGCGCGUCGGUUCAACUUUAUUUGAGAAGCUGCCUACAUUCAACUGUGGGACGCUUAUGUAAAAUCUGUGCCUGUCCUCCCCACUGCACGGCAAGUACAGCAGCUUCUGGAGCAGCUUGAGGUAUAAAGAAUGAUUGAAGAAGUAGAGUAUAUUCAUAUAUUUUGCAUAUUUUUAAAGUCUAUAUUGAGAUUAUUUUUGUUCUUGCCUUCUUACAAUUUUGAUCAUUAAGUGUUGUAAACAAUGUAAUAAAAUUAUCAGUAUAAUCUCUUAGAUUUGCACUUAUAUCAGAGCAAGUCAUAAACUGUUUAUCAUGCUGUUGUUUAUAUCUUAUAUCACAUGUCCAGUGGGGCAAUAACACAUAUUGCCUUUCCCAAAUACAUAUGACCCAGAUGUAGAGUUCAACAGCCUGGGUGACCUAUAUACUUUGUUAUAAUUUUUUGCAAGUACAAACAAACUUGUUCAAAUAUCCAUGAGUUCAGAUACCCACACACUGACAUUGUAGAAACAAACAUCAUACUUCUGUUCAUUCUGGAAUCCAUAAAAGGUGGCUUAUGAAACAGAA